AGACUGGUUCAGUUUGCACCCGCGAUGGCACUUCUGUCGAUCCAAACACUAAUCGUGAUGUUAGUCCUGCGGCCGACCGGAACACAGCUGGUAGAGGCACUCCCAUCCGACUCGACCCAGUUGAUGCUGCUUCCGGAGCUUAUAUCCAGCGUUCUGAUGCGCUACUUUCGUCAUCCCUAUCAACCGGUACAGUUCUAUCUGGCGGCCAACAGUACGGACCAUCACCUGGAACAGCGGGACGUACUGAGCCUGGUGUUGCGCUACACGAGCGGCCACUGCACGGUGACGUUUGCGAACGUGGCAGACAACGCGGGUCCGCGCCAACCACAGCGCACACAGGCGAUCUUGCUCGGUGAGGAUGUGGAUGCUUUCGAGCGACUGCUUGCAAACUUCAGCCCCACAGCGAAUGACUACUCCGGACGCUAUCUGCUUGUUUUGACUAGCACGGAGCAGCCCAUCGAGUGGAGCCGGCUGUUCGGUCUGCUCUGGUCAAGACACAUGGUACACGUGAACGUACUACUGGUGACGGCGAACUCGACCGUACGGGUGUAUAGCUACGAUCCAUACUCACCGAAGCACUGUGGUCACCCGAUAGUGAAGCUGGUGACUGACUUCCCCUCCGGCUCCGGUGACAUCCGACGGCAGCGCAAUCUCUACCCACGGCGAAGAGUUACCAGCCUGCAUAACUGCACCCUGCGGGUUGGUUCGUUCGAGGCGAAACCGUACAUCUUUCUCGAGCGUAAAGCGGACGGCUACACCGAGCUCGGUGGGUUCGAAGGUGAUAUGUUGCGGCUGCUCGCUCACCGGCUACAGUUUCGCGUGAACGUGACGGAGCCGCUGCGUCAGUCGCAGUGGGGCGUGAUGGGAGCACCGGGCAAUAGUACCGGCACGAUGCAGCUGGUACAGGACGAGCUCGUCGAUCUGGUAAUCGCGUGCAUGGCGCUGGACGUGACGCGCUCCAUCUACCUGAAGCCGGGCUGUACGCACUACACCUCACGCAUCCUGCUGGCCGUUCCACCGGGUCGUCCAUACAGUGCGUUCGAGAAGCUGUUUCGCCCAUUCCGCACCGACAUCUGGACCGCGCUCGGUGCAAUGUUGGGCUGCGUGGUGACGGUCGUGGUGGUGCUUAACUGUGGUCAGCGGGCCCGCUCGUUGCGUAGGUUCGUGUACGGACCGUCCGUUCAGAUGCCACUGCUGCGGGCACUGUACGUACUGUGGGGCGGGACCGUGGUUGUGGUACCGAGGCGUAACUUUGCCCGCUCACUGCUGGCACUUUGGCUUAGCUUCACGUUUGUUUUGCGUACCCUUUACCAGGGCUCUCUCUAUCUGUAUCUGCAGCGUAGCGCCACCUAUCCACCGCUCGCAACGAUGGACGAGGUACAUCAGUCUGCGCUCCACUAUCACAUGGUAAACAUUGCGAUGCGCUUCUUUGUCGAUCGGCCCGAGAUUAGGGCACGCACCAACAUCAUACCGCCCGGGUUGGAUUCUUUGGGCGCCCAGGUUGCCGGUAUGGCGAACCACUACCGGGACCGUGUUGUCGUCUGUCCCCAGGACAUGGUCGCGUACAACAACAAGCUAAACCGUGCCCUGGGCGCCGGACAGUUCAUCCAAGUAACGCGCGAAUCAAUCACCCUCUUUCCGCUCACCAUUUACUAUCCGAAAAAGUCUUUCCUCACGCAACUGUUUGACCGCGAGGUGCGGCACAUCGUUCAGAGCGGGUUGAUGGAUUUCUGGGUGCGCAACUAUGGCGACUAUGACUUCGAGUCGAAGCGCCGAGCGCCGCAACAUUCGGGCGAACCGCGCAAGCUUACCGUGCAGCAUCUUGUCGGCGCUUACCAGCUGCUCGUUGCGAGCUAUCUGCUCGCGACGGUGGUGUUUCUGCUCGAGCUGGCCUCCGUACGGUCGUCGAAGAUACAGCGCGUGCUUGAGUUUUGUAUGGAUUAGCAAGGGAAUGUUGUUGAAUGUCCCUCAGCUGUAGUCAUCACAUCUCCAAUAAAUGAUAGUCAGCGCUUAGAGAAGUUUGGUGGCGAGCGGGAAUAGACGAGUGAGAUAUUCCAUGCAAUAUGAUGAACAGUCAUCCUGCUUCAGUCGCUUGCUUAAUUGCUGACACGCUGAGUAUUGACAGUCUGAUGCAUGUAAUUUCACACGAGCGUCUUGGUUCUUGCUUAGUUCUUGGAUAUGAGCUGAUGAUUUUCCGGUAAUAUCACUCAUAGUAAUGUUCCUUAUCCUGUUCUUGAAAGUCGCCUGGAGAUCAUUCAGAUAUUGUAAGGAUUUGUUUUUUCCUGUAAGGAUUCAAAGCGAUAGUUGCAACUGGCAGUUAUAAAUCUGGUUGUAUAUUAACAUCUCAAGUGCUGUUGCUACUUGGAUUCAUGAUGGGGACUCAACUUCGAUUAAACGAAUUGAUUAUACUAUUGUGAUUAUUGAUUAUCCCUUUAAUGUCCGUCGAGUAUUGCAUCGCUUAUCUGAUCACACAUCUUGUCUGAGUUGUCUAAGACUUCUCGCACGCCUCUAGUACUGUUAGUGGUUGGAAUCUUGAGAAGAACUGAACGAAGAGUAAACGAAGUUAUUAUACGAUUGUGUUCUCUUCAGUGUCCGUCGAGUAUUGCGUCACUUAUCUGAUCACACAUCUUGUCUGAGUUGUUUAAGACUUCUCGCACGCCUCUAGUACUGUUACUGGUUGGAAUCUUGAGAAGAACUGAACGAAGAGUAAACGAAGUUAUUAUACGAUUGUGUUCUCUUCAAUGUCCGUCGAGAAUUGCGUCACUGAUCUGAUCACACAUUUUGUCUGAGUUGUCUAAGACUUCUCGCACGCCUCUAGUACUGUUAGUGGUUGGAAUCUUGAGAAGAACUGAACGAAGAGUAAACGAAGUUAUUAUACGAUUGUAUUAUACCUUCAAUGUCCGUCGAGGAUUGCAUCGCUUAUCUGAUCACACAUCUUGUCUAAGUUGUCUAAAACUUCUCGCACGCCUCUAGUACUGUUACUGGUUGGAAUCUUGAGAAGAACUGAACGAAGAGUAAACGAAGUUAUUAUUGUUGGCGAGGGUGGAAAACUAAAGAGGUGGCCAAAUAUGUUUUACGUUUACAACACAAAAGAAACUUUAUUAGCACAUUCGAUAGCUGA